AUGACCCUGGAGGUUUCAAUAGGCCCAUCCCCUUCGCUGCCUCGUGGCUGGUCUCCCCCAGAACUGCACACCAUGCUGGAGACGUCUUUGGAGAAGGCCCUGACCACUGUGGUCACCACUUUCCAUAAAUAUUCAGGGAGAGAGGGCAGCAAACUGACUCUGAGUAGGAAGGAGCUGAAGGAACUGAUCGAGAAAGACCUGUGUCUUGGUGAGAAGAUGAAGGAGAGAAGCAUCGAUGACCUGAUGAAGAGCUUGGACAAGAACAGCGACCAGGAGAUCGACUUCAAGGAGUACUCGGGGACUUCCCUGGUGGCGCAGUGGUUAAGAAUCCACCUGCCAAUGCAGGGGACACGGGUUUGA